AUGACUUCAACAAUAUCAUCUCUGUUUGGUUACAAAUCCGAUCGCUCCGGAGCACCAAAGGCCUUAGAAGAACCCCUUAAAGCUCUCCCGGCUUCCUGGUACCGCUCACCAGAGAUGUAUGAGUUGGAGAGAAGAGCGAUUUUUUCGAAAAAAUGGAUUUUGACCACUCACAAAUUGCGUUUCGAAAAACCGGGAGACUUUUAUCGCUUCGAGAUGGCUGGAUUUUCAUUUGUGCUUUGUCUCGACCGGGAGGGUAACUGGAACGGCUUCCACAACAUAUGCCGACAUCGUGCAUUUCCCAUCAUCUCCCAAGACGAGGGUAACAUUCCGAUCCUUUCUUGCAAGUAUCAUGGAUGGUCAUAUGGCCUCAAUGGAAAAUUAGCCAAAGCGCCCAAAUUUGACGACGUGCCAGGAUUCAAGAAAGAGGAGCAAAGCCUAUUCCCGGUUCAUAUUCAUCUUGACGCGCUAGGUUUUAUCUGGGUCAAUCUUGACUCCUCCCCAACCCCAAUUCCCUGGGAAGAGGAUUUCCAAGGUGUCGACACACAAGAAAGGUUCAAGCAAUUCGAUUUCAGCCGGUAUAAAUUUGACCAUACCUGGCAUAUGAAUGGAAACUACAAUUGGAAAACCUUGGCAGACAACUACAAUGAAUGUUAUCAUUGCACUGUGGCCCACCCGGAUGUGGCGAAACUUGCCGACCUGUCAUACUACUACACCAUCUCGAAACCCGGACACAUUCAACAUUUCUCCCGCCCGAAGAAAGACAAAAUGCAAGACGACAUCAAGAAUGCCAGCACGUACUAUUUCCCAAAUGCUUGCAUGACGGUUUCACCGCACUUUUUCUAUCUGAUGCGAUGCGUUCCAACUUCAGUGGGGACUUGCUCCAUGGAAUACGAGGUGUAUCGGCAUAAGGAAGCCUCCGAUCAAGACUUCGAGUACAUUGACUCAUUUUUCAAACGAGUUUUGAACGAAGACAAACAUCUUUGCAAUGCAGCUCAAAAGAAUCUAGAUGCUGGUGUAUUUAUCAAUGGGCAACUUCAUCCAGACCUCGAGAGCGCUCCUUUGUUCUUCCAAAACAGUGUGAGGGGUCUUCUCAGGAAACACCGCGAAGAGGAAAAACGCGAGAAAAAGGAACUCUGGCCAGCUCGCCAGAGCUCCUCGGGGUCAACCACCGCGGAGGAUAUUGAGUUCUGUGCGGAACUAGCAUGUAACGAAAGAAGACACGUUGUCCUGGAGAAAGACCAGCUUGUUCAACUUGCACUCGUCUUAACCAGACAUGUCGCUAUAGCAGGAGUCAUGACUCAUUGGAGCGACCCGGAAGAUCGACUACAUCACCUAGAAGAGAAACUGGAGAUGAUGUUGGAAAGAUCGAUUCCGAAUAACCAUUCUGCAACCCCCAAGUCCUUUUCAUGUGGACCUGCCGAUGUAUACGAGACUACCUCACUGUCUCCCCAAAUCCUAGGUGAUCCCCUAGCCAUGAGGGUAUCUCAUUGUGGUAACCUGGAUGACAGUGCGAAUGUGACACCAUUCAUCGUUCCAUCCAAGGAAACUAUCGUUGAAUCUUUCAGUCUGUACCUGCAGUAUUGCCACAAACAGCCGUUGUGGCUUUUUGACGAAAAAGAUCUAUCAAAUCCAGAGGCGUAUUGCCAGGAAGUCAUGUUUGGUAUCCUCGCGUUGGCUCUGCGUUAUUCAGACAACCCCUUUUUCAACGGUCAAAGGGACAAAAUGUGCCAGGAAUAUGCCGAGGCUGCCCGUGACCUUGUUAUGCUUCGAAUAGCCAAGGGAAAAGUACAAAUUUCUACGAUACAAAGUCUUUGUCUUAUCGCACUGGGCAAUUUUAUUGCCAAUGACACUCAUAUGGCUUGGCUACACAUUGGACUUGCGACAAGCCUCUCUAAAUGCGGAGGACUUGACAUUGAGCCGCACAAUGGAGAACUCACGGAUAUGAUGGAGACAAAACGAAAACUGUUCUGGAGCAUUCACCUCCUCAACCGGCAAUAUGGCCCAGACAAUAUGCAACUGAGCCUGCUGCACGACAUUCAGCGUCCAGAGUAUAUGGGGGUCAACAUGGACACCAUGAGAAAAAUAGGAGUAACGCCUCCCCAGCCGCCAUGGGAAACCGGAAAUACAACACAACCCGGAGGUAUUUGGAUAUACAUGGUGCAACUAUCCACUCUGUGGAGUGAAGUUCAACAUUACAUUUCCCAUUGCGCCAGCGGAGACUCAACACCCCCUGGUCAUUGA